CCGACUUCAUCCCGCCUCUCUUAAAACCGCAAUCUAGUGUGCGUUCGACGCCAAAGUUCCUUUACGAAAAGACACUUCCUCUGACACAAGAGUUUUGCAGGAAUCACCACACAAACAACCAAUUAAACAACGAUGGCCAUCGCUCCGAUCGUUGGAAGACUUCGUAAAGGUCUUAUUAUCGACCUCUCGGUCUCGCUAGGCCUUGGAACCGCGGCUGGAUGCCUCUUUUGGUACGGUUACCAUACCCCAUCUAUCCGCCACCGUGAUGCAUACUAUGCCAAGUUGGAGCAAGAGCGAAUCAAGAAUUCCCAGUGAGAAGGCGUCAGGUAUGGCGUUGGAUCGGUGAAUGAAUGCCACCUUGGGCAGACAGGCUUCAGAAUAGAGUGAGGUUGCAGAAAUGAAAUUGAGGGUUUGAGCCUUGAA